CCCUGCUGCGGGUGGGCCUUGAAGUGGGAGUUGUUCUCCGGGUUCAGCAUGGAGUACCGCAGCCCGGCCACGAACCGCUCAAAGCUGCUGUCCGCUCUUCUCCCCCUGGUUCUUCUGUGGAGCAGCUGUGCGGCUCUUUUCCUCCCUCUGGACUGCAGUGACAUCUAUAAACACGAUCACAGCACACCCAGCGGCGUCUACAUCAUCUAUCCCGUCGGAGCCACGUCUGCUGUCCAGGUGUACUGUGACAUGAAGUCCCUGGGAGGGCCGUGGACAGUGUUCCAGAGGAGGAUAGAUGGCUCAGUGAACUUCUACAGGCCCUGGGCCCAUUACAAGAUAGGCUUUGGGAAUGCGGCCGGAGAGUACUGGCUCGGUCUGAAGAACCUGUACCAUUUAUGUUGCAAGAAAAAGUUUGAGCUCCUGGUCAUCAUGGAGGAUUUCGAAGGAACUACAGAGUACGCGCGGUACUGCUGGUUCAGUGUCGGUCCAGAGUCUUUGGGAUACCCCCUGCAUGUGUCUGGAUUCACUGAUGGAGGGGCAGGAGACUCACUGAGUUAUCACAACGGACACAAAUUCUCCACCUACGACAAAGAUCAUUCAGCCAACUGUCCCAGAUUAUUCCUGGGGGCGUUCUGGUAUAACAACUGUCAUCUUACAAACCCAAACGGGGUUUAUCGCUGGGGGGCUGAUGAUACCAUCAAAGGCGUUGGAGUGGAGUGGUCCACAUGGAAGGGCAGUAACUACUCCUUAAAGUCUAUAAACUUUAUGAUCCGUCCUGUUUCAUGAACCUGCAGGACAAACAUCCUCUGGACCGCUACAAGUCGAUGUUUCCCGUGAUCAGAAGCUCACAAUUUUACCUCUUCAAAUUGAAAACAGGUGUUGCUUGCGAGUUGUGAACUUUUUUAGGUGGUUGGAUUUGUGAUAUGAUGGUUUAUUCUGCUGUGUUUUGACAAUAAAUAAGAA